AACUUAAUCUAAAUUUGCAGUUGCUGGUUGUGAUUGGCCAAAGAAUAUGUGGCACCUACAUACAUGGCCUUAGCCCCUUAUCCACUUAACCAAACUAUCGACAGUUGUGGUGCUCGUUUAACAUUUUAAAAAAACCAAACAAAAACAUCAUCUUAUUAUUACAUUCACCUCUCAUUCUCAACCCAACAGAAUCUUCUUCAUCAGGAGCUUCCACCAUGUCUUCCACCACUCUAUCUCCCACAACCCCUUCUCAGCUAUGUUCUGGAAAGAGUGGGAUUUCAUGUCCCUCAAUAGCUCUUCUUGUGAAACCAACAAGGACGCAGAUGACUGGGAGGGGUAAUAAGGGAAUGAAAAUUACUUGCCAAGCUACCAGCAUUCCUGCUGAUCGUGUACCUGAUAUGAGUAAGAGGAAGACCUUGAAUUUGCUUCUUCUUGGUGCUCUUUCACUUCCUACUGCUGGAAUGCUUGUUCCAUAUGGUUCCUUCCUUGUACCUCCAGGCUCAGGUUCUUCAACUGGUGGUACCGUUGCCAAGGAUGCCGUUGGCAAUGAUGUAGUUGCAACGGAAUGGCUCAAGACUCAUGCACCUGGCGACCGUACUCUUACACAAGGAUUAAAGGGUGAUCCUACCUACCUUGUGGUAGAGAAAGACAGAACACUUGCAACAUUUGCGAUUAACGCCGUAUGCACUCAUCUCGGGUGUGUCGUGCCGUUUAAUCAAGCUGAGAACAAGUUCAUCUGUCCCUGCCAUGGAUCUCAGUACAAUGACCAAGGAAGAGUUGUGAGAGGACCUGCACCUUUGUCUCUAGCAUUGGCACAUUGUGAUGUUGGUGUGGAGGAUGGGAAGGUUGUGUUUGUUCCUUGGGUUGAAACAGAUUUCAGAACAGGUGAUGCUCCAUGGUGGUCUUAGAUUUCUUAAACUUGUCCCUAUAUGUAAUAUAUAUUCAAAUCUGAAAUUCAAACAUUUAUGUUUUGUAUUAAUGCAUAAACACUUUUUGUAAUCAAAUUAAUAUUAUGUCAAUUCAAGUUUGUAUAAGGUGAAAAGGAACCAGAUGUUACUUAA